AUGGAGAACGCUUUGGCGUUUGUUUACUUUCACAUAGUUCUAAUCUCUUGCCAAGACCUCUUCGGUUCCGAUAAUGUUAUAAUUGGCAAUUUGAAAAGGCGAGACACCGUUCCUUUAAACCAAUUCAACAGGCGAAAUUACAAGAACAACAAUUUGAACUACAGAAGGACUAAGGAUAUUCAAGAUGACGUUCUAGAGAAAAAAUUGGAGUUGGCUGAAUCGCAGUUAAGAGAAGCAAAAUUAGACAAGGAGAAACUUGAGAAACUUCACAACGAGCUGCGAUGGCUGACGGUUGACAAUGAACAAGGAAUAGGAAUCGGUAUCAAAUAG